CGGCCAGGCACCCGCGUAUCCCUGGGCGCCCACGGGAGGAGAGGCGCUCGGCAGCGUGCGGAGCUGGCGCCUGGGGAUCGCCAUGGGGCAUAAUGGGAGCUCGAUCCCGCGGAACGGCAGCGAGCCCCUCAACACGUCGGGUGCCGUGGCGGUGGGCGCGAACCGUACCGCGCCCGGGGAGCUGGGCGAGGCGCAGCUCUACCGCCAGUUCACCACCACCGUGCAGGUCGUCAUUUUCGUAGGCUCGCUGCUUGGAAACUUCACGGUGUUAUGGUCAACUUGCCGCACAACCGUGUUCAAAUCUGUUACCAACAGGUUCAUUAAAAACCUGGCCUGCUCGGGUAUCUGCGCCAGUCUGGUGUGCGUGCCCUUCGACAUCAUCCUCAGCACCAGUCCUCACUGUUGCUGGUGGAUCUACACCAUGUUUUUCUGCAAGGUCGUGAAAUUCCUGCACAAAGUCUUCUGCUCCGUGACAAUCCUCAGCUUCCCUGCCAUUGCUUUGGACAGGUACUAUUCUGUUCUCUAUCCACUGGAGAGGAAGAUAUCUGAUGCCAAGUCCCGUGAACUGGUGAUAUAUAUCUGGGCCCACGCGGUGGUGGCCAGUGUCCCGGUGUUUGCAGUGACCAAUGUGGCUGACAUCUAUGCCAUGUCCACUUGCACGGAAGUCUGGAGCAACUCCCUGGGCCACCUGGUCUAUGUCCUCAUCUACAACAUCACCACAGUCAUUGUGCCUGUGGCUGUGGUCUUCCUUUUCCUGAUCCUGAUCCGACGGGCCCUCAGUGCCAGCCAGAAGAAAAAGGUCAUCAUAGCUGCCUUGCGGACCCCGCAGAACACCAUCUCCAUCCCCUAUGCCUCCCAGCGUGAGGCUGAACUGCACGCCACACUGCUGUCCAUGGUGAUGGUCUUCAUCUUGUGUAGCGUGCCUUAUGCCACCCUCGUGGUCUAUCAGACCGUGCUCAAUGUUCCCAACACUUCUGUCUUCUUGCUGCUCACUGCUAUUUGGCUGCCCAAAGUCUCUCUGCUGGCGAACCCCGUGCUCUUUCUUACCGUGAACAAAUCUGUUCGCAAGUGCUUGAUGGGGACCUUGGUGCAGUUGCACCACCGCUACAGCCGCCGGAAUGUAGUUAGCACGGGGAGCAGCAUGCCCGAUGCCAGCCUGGAACCCAGCAUGCGGUCGGGCAGCCAGCUCCUAGAGAUGUUCCAUAUCGGGCAGCAGGAAAUCUUUAAGUCUACAGAGGAAGAGGAAGAGAGUGAAGCCAAAUAUGCCAGCUCAGCUGACAUCCAAGCCAAGGAAAUGCUCCCUGGCUGCCUAGACCGAGAGCAGGGGCCACGGUUUGUACCCUUGGCCCCACCCCCAGGAGUGGUGGACUCUACAUCCCAGGUGGCACCAAUAGGUGCUAUGGAUCCUGAGAUAUUUCCUGAGAAGUAUUCCCUGCAGUUUGGCUUUGGGCCUUUUGAGCUGCCUCCUCAGUGGCUCUCGGAGAGCCGGCACAGCAAGAAGAGACUGCUCCCACCACUGGGGAACACCCCAGAAGAGCUAAUCCAGACGAAGAUACCCAGGGUGGGCAGGGUGGAGCGGAAGAUGACCAGAAACAACAAAGUGAGCAUCUUCCCCAAGGUAGACUCCUAGCCAGGACUAUGGAACCCUGGAAGAAGCCGGGAGGCUUGUGUUCUUGUCUCUUGCCCAUUCCCUCUCCCUACCCCAACACACACAGUCUGGCCCUACAGUUUGUGUGAUCUAUUCACAGCUAUCAGCC